AACUUUCCAAAAAAGAUUCUGACGGUGGAACUGGGAAACAACCUAGAACCGGGUCCGGUUGGGCCGUUGGCCGGGGUUGGAGUGAGACAAAAUUGAAAGGACAAAAAUACCCCCCGGGUGCAUAUUUGUGUUGUUCUGUUCUAAGCGAGUGGUUUUGGUUUCGGUGGUGUUGCUCUGAGAUCGAAGCGUUUGUUAUUGUAGAAGCAGCUGAUACAUAGAUAGAUAAGGAUAGGGAUAGGGUUAAGGCCAUGGAGCGCAUCAUCGGCGCCAAGUACAAGCUAGGUCGCAAGAUCGGAAGCGGAUCCUUCGGCGAAAUCUACCUCGCCACUCAUAUUGAUACCUUCGAGAUCGUCGCCGUCAAGAUUGAAAACGGUAAAACGAAGCAUCCGCAAUUGCUUUAUGAGGCCAAGCUCUACAAUAUUCUUCAAGGAGGAAGUGGAAUCCCGAGCAUAAAAUGGUGUGGUGUAGACGGGGAGGAUAAUGUGCUUGUUAUGGACUUGCUGGGACCUAGUCUUGAGGAUCUUUUUGUCUACUGUGGAAGAAAGUUCUCUCUCAAAUCCGUGUUGAUGUUGGCUGAUCAAAUGAUGACUAGAAUAGAAUAUGUGCAUUCUAAAGGAUUCCUACACAGGGAUAUAAAACCUGACAACUUUCUCAUGGGACUUGGUCGGAAGGCAAACCAGGUUUAUAUAAUUGAUUUUGGGCUUGCAAAACGAUAUAGGGACUCCACAACUAAUCGCCACAUCCCUUACAGGGAGAACAAAAACUUAACAGGAACUGCACGCUAUGCUAGUUGCAAUACUCAUCUUGGGAUUGAGCAAAGUCGACGGGAUGAUUUGGAGUCACUUGGGUAUGUGCUUCUGUACUUCCUUAGAGGAAGCCUUCCUUGGCAAAACCUAAAGGCUGCAACAAAGAAGCAAAAGUAUGACAAAAUAUGUGAGAAGAAAGUAUCAACUCCUAUUGAGGUAUUAUGCAAAUCUCAUCCUGUAGAGUUUGCUUCAUACUUUCAUUACUGUCACUCUCUGACCUUUGAUCAGAGACCUGAUUAUGGAUUCUUGAAGCGCCUUUUUCGGGACCUAUUUACUCGAGAAGGUUAUGAAUUUGAUUAUGUAUUUGAUUGGACUAUUUUAAAGUACAAGCAGGCACAAAAGAAUAGAGUCCAGCCUCACAUAUCUACGGUCCCUGGAACAAGUAGCAGUCCUGCAAUGCCAAUGGAUGUGGACAACCAUCGAGGUAUUAAUGUUUAUUCAGGGGAUGUCUCAGCAGAACGUAUUAAAUCAGGCAAUGUUACUGGUUCUGGUGUUAAAAUUCAGUUUAAAUCACCAGUUGGUAAAAUUUUGGGCUCUGAAAAGCCUCUGGACAAGAAUAUUUUUGGUGAAUCGAAUAUACCCUCUACCUCGUACUCUAUUGCUGGUACCUCAAGAAGGAACACCAUGAAGCCCGCCUUGUCCACUGAAGCUCCUAAACCUGGACAUGGGCAAGGAAGUAAUAAAAUUGGCCCUUCAAGUAGCUGGAUUUCAUCUGUGCAGCGCAUAUCUUCUGCCAAAUGAAUACCCAAUAUGGUUUGAUUCUGAUCAAGAAGAUUCCCUGUAUGCAUUCCGCAAAUCCGUGGUAUUUGCUUGCUUCAACUGUACAGGUCAAGAAUUUUCAAAUGAUCUAUCCAGGGAGACUGCAAAUUGCUGCAAGGUUGAUAAAUUUCAAAGCUCAUCUUCUGAGACCUUCUUGUGUUGCUUUUUUCCUAAGGUGACUGCAAACGAUUGUUUGGUAUAAAUUACAGACUACCCAGGCUUGGCUGCUUUGCUGUAUAUAGAUUUCAAAUGUGACACGCAGCAAUCUUGUGUAUCCAUGUUUUUAUGUAAAAUUAAUGCGUGAAUGUAGCCCUGUUUCCCCUUUUUGUUACUUGAUGAUAAUUAUCAUUGGGCCAUAUGUUAUAUGGUGACUCAGUUUCAUUUAAAUUGAUUGACGAUAUUAUGAAUUGUAGGUGUAUUUUCAGUUGGUUCUGUUAAGGUAUAUUUGAUUUUAGUUUU